AUGUCGGCGGAUAAAGAAAAAUCCAAAGUUCACAAAUUAUCCCUCAAGGGGUCAUCGAAACUCGUUUCUGAAUUCUUUGAAUACUCGAUCAAUUCUAUUCUGUAUUUUUUUCUCGCCUGUUUUGUGCGUGGUCGAGCUAUGCUAAUGUUCCUAGCUACCAACGAGGGGGUGAAGAAAUAUGGCUUGAACAUGCUCGUCACAUCGGACGACCAGGUCAAAGCGUACAUCAAGAAGAUCAUGUCACAGCUGAACAAAUGGAUGGUCGGCGGCAAAAUAUCCAAACUGGUGGUCGUCAUCACCAGCAAGGAAACGGGCGAGAACGUGGAGCGAUGGCAGUUUGACGUCCAGAUAUUCGCCAAGUCGAAAUCUUCGUCGCGGUCUAAAUCAACAACACCUGGUGCUACAGACAAGGAAAACGCCGGCAGCCCCGAUGCUGCAGCAGCGGCUGUUCAGGAGAAGACAGAAACAGAAAUUCAGCAAGAAAUCCAGGCCAUUUUCAGACAGAUCACUGCGUCGGUGACGUUUCUGCCUGUGCUCGACGGGAACUACACAUUCAAUGUCCUCGUCUAUGCGGAUGCAGACUCGGAAGUGCCUGUGGAAUGGGGCGACAGCGAUGCCAGAGAAAUCACAAACGGAGAGAAAGUGCAGCUGAGAAGUUUCAGCACCAACAAUCACCGGGUGGACACGUUGGUUAGUUAUAGAUUGGCGGACUAG